AUGAGCUCAAGUCUAUUGCUGCUACCUUACUCGAAUGCAAGGAGGCCUACUUCCACCUCGAACACAUGUAUGUCAUUUUGGCCCAAAAACUGUGACAAGCUACUGAUCAAGUUUGACACCCAUGUUGAAGUCGCAAAGGCGUCCAAGCAUGAGAUUGCUGCUAAUGCGUACAAGCUGGGAUACUUGGAUUGCAGGAAUGGUGUUUUUCCAUGUUACCUUAUUGAAAAUGAAGAUGCUGAGCUGCUUUACCUUGACGUGCCCCUAUUCAAAGUGAGCAGAUCAAUGUUGUGGAUGUAG